AUGAGGAGGUUUCCAUCUGCAGGUCACUCCAGUAGCGCUGCUAACAGUAACAAAGAUGAAGAUACAGAAAACACAAAGCUGACUUCCUUUGCCAAUUUUACGCCCACCAUAAAGAAAGGCAAACUGAAAGAAACGUUGUUGAAAAAUGGCCCGCAUGGUGUGUCACUGUUGCAGCUCAAAUCAUUGGAGCCACAUUUGCCAAGAGGAACAGAGAUUAUGCAGAAAGGUGUGUGCAAAGAUUUUAAACAAGGCUGGCUCUUAGAUGAAGUUGUAAAUUCGUUUUUUUGGUGCCUGCAAGAGUCUAAUUCACACAUCCUUUAUGUGCCAUCAACUUCCAUGCUUGUUCUGCAGAAGAAUGCUCCAUGUGGAAGACUGUGGAAGGAUGAGGACAUAACCUUGAAAAAAAUCAUUGUUGGCCCCUGGAACCCUACAAAACUACCACUGGACUCUAGUCGCUGUCGAUUUACAACUAAGGAAG